GCUGAUAUCCCUGUCCCUCAUGUUUUGCUGACAUUUGGCUUUGACACAGCUGUGUCUCUGACUAGAAUUGAGAUGGACUUGUUCAACUGUCCUGACUGGAACAUUGGUACUCCAUCUAUCGUAGUGUAUCUCAAUCAAGAUUACAACUUAGCAGCUACCAUCAACAUAUUAUAUAGCCUUCCAUUUGCAUCUGCUGGUGGCAACUCCCUCCAGUCAUCUUGUGACUCUCUUUCAACUGUUACCAUUUCUGGAGGCUCAUUCACAAGUGGAUCCUAUCGCACAGUCUAUAUUAUAGUGGACCUAUCACACAACACAUCCAUACAGUGGGUUCAUGUGGGAGAGGUCAGGUUCCUGGACAGCUCUGGAAUACCUCUGCAUUUCUCAAGUUGUAGAAUGGAAACAACUGCUAGCCCCUCCUCUGUUCAAACCAGCGUGACAUCCACUGAAAUUGUGCCACCCUCAGUUCCUGGAGACAGAGAGAAUGACUGUACAUGCAGUGAGGAGUCCUGUGGCUCAGCUGUGAUUGCUGUGUCAGCAGUAUCUCUCCUGCUGAUCCUCACUCUGACCACAGUCAUCCUCACUCAAUGUCUACUCAUCUUCAGAAUGAGGAGGUCUAGGAACAAGACUGAGACCUAUUCAGAGGCCACUAACCCUACCACCAAGACAACUGAUGUUCCUGUCUCUCCUAAUGAGGCAUAUGCUCUGACCAAGAUAACUAGCCCAAGGGAAGAGGUCACUUAUGAGCUGGUGAAAUGACGAUCUUACACACAAAACUAGCCUUGUUUGUGGGUAAAUUUAGAGACAAUAGAAAUAAAUUUCUGUGUAUGGGCA